AUGAUCCCCAUCAUGGGGGUCAAGUUCCACGCCGAUAAGCUGAGCCCCGAGCCGGUGCGCGCGUUCAGAAGGGCGGAGCGCGAGAGGGCCCACGAGAUGCUGGACGACUACAUCCACCAGUGCUCACAAAUCAAGCUGGUGAUCGAGCAGGAAGACGCCGCAUCCGGUCUCGUCGAGCUCAUUCGGCUCCGUCGGAUCACCAAGCUCGUGAUCGCGGCCGCCGAAGACAAGCACUACUCGAAAAAGCUCGACAAGCCUGUGUCCAAGACAGCGACAGAAAUAAUGGAGAGAGCUGAUCCAUCAUGCAAGAUUUGGUUCGUCUGCAAGGAGCAGUUAGUCUGCACCAGGAGCAAGGAAGUACAAAUUGCACCAUUAACUGUUGCUGCACCUUUGCUCCCUAAUCCUGGCCAUGAAGCUCAGCAUUUGCAAUCUCCCCAGGAAGAGGGUGACACCGAGAUGGAACCGAGUUUCGACGAUGAGCUCGAAGAGGCACGCAAAGCGGUCGGGGAGCUGAUGAGAAGGGCUCUGAAAGAAUCCUGCAGGCGCCAAAAGGCAGAAGAAGAAAUGGCCACAUCUCUCCAGAAAGCGCAAGAACACGAGCAGCUGUACCUUGAAGAGGUGAAGAAGAGGGAGGAGCUCGAAGCAGCCCUGGCGAGAGCAGACAGAGAAAUCGCGCGGCUACGACAGGCAAUCCAGCAAAAACACGACCGGGGAGGCAGUCACGGCGAGAUCGAUGCUUGA